AUGUAUGAAAACAAAGGGACCGGCUUCCACGGCCGCGGUGGCAGCAGGGGCUACAUGGCGACGUUGAAGAGGAAGCCUUUUUUGGUGCUGCUGGCGGCAGUCAGCCUGCUGUUCCUGUUGUACCAGCGGCAGCACUUCAUCAACCCUCUGCCGGGGGGUGCCAUGUAUGGGAGAAAGGUCAGCGGACUGCUCGACGAUAUCAAUAAUAGCACACUUGGGUUUGAGCGAAUCUUUGUCAUGGGAUUGCCCGACCGCACAGACAGACGCGACCAGAUGGUUCUACAGGCCGGCCUCAGCAACAUCGCCAUUGAGUUCAUUGACAGCGUCCGCGGAGGCGACAUCAACCCCAAGGCCAUCCCAGCCGCAGCUGAGGAAGGCGAGAAACUCAGCCCGGGUGCAUAUGGCUGCUGGCGAGGACACAUGAAUGCGCUCCAAGAGAUCGUCCGACGCAACAUUACCAGCGCCCUCGUCCUGGAGGAUGACUCCGACUGGGACGUGCGCAUCCGAUCCCUCCUCAUCGAUACCGCGCUCGCCACGCGCGCCCUCACCCAGCCGCUGCAGGGCACCGGCCGCGGCACCCCGGCGCGCUACGCCGACCCCACGUACCCCGAGCCCUCCGGCUCCGUCGAGGCGCGCGAGUUCUCCAUCGACGCCCUGCCCGCCACCGCCGAGCCGCGCGUGUCCCCCUACGGCGACGAGUGGGAGAUGCUGUGGCUGGGCCACUGCGGCGUCAGCUGGCCCGUGCUCGCCAGCGACGACCUGCCCUUUGGCCGCGUAUUCCGCUACAACGACACGAGCGUGCCCGGCUCCGGCCUGUACUCGCUGUCCAACCCGUACCUGCUCAAGGACGAGUACCCGAAGCACACGCGGGCCUUUCACCACGUCGAGGACGGCGUGUGCUCGCUCGGCUACGCGGUGACGCAAAAGGGCGCGCGGGGGCUGUUGCGGGAGCUGGCGCUGCGCGGCGUCAGCGACCCGCUCGACUUCCAGCUGCGGCACUACUGCAAGGGCAUGAAGGGCCGCCGCAAGCACAAGUGCAUCGCGGCGCAGCCGCCGCUGUUCAGCCACCACAGGGGCGUCGGCCUGGUCAGCGCGGGCAGCAACAUCGACGAGCACGGCGAGGGCUACCGCAGCGAGGCUAAGACGGACAUGGUCCGCUGGAGCGUGGCGCUCAACGCGGACAAGAUCAUGGAUGGCAAGGAGGAUUACCUGGACGGGUUCCCGGAUGAGUAG